AUGUCGAGUCGCUAUUCUUUGCAUAAUUUUCUGCAACGGGACCACAGUUUCGAAUUAUUGUCAAACCCCAGGACAGCUUCCGCUCGAAUCAAUGACAUUAUUCUUGUCCACGGGUUUUCAGGCCGCGCUUUUUCUGAAUAUCGACUUUCUUUAGAAGAAUUGAUUGUAUCGACAGUCGGUUCCAAGUUUCAAGAUGCCGCCAUCAGAGUCUUCAGAUUCGAUUUUGGCCGACUCCUAUCUGGCGCACCGGACUCAUUUUCUUCCGAGGUCCAGAAACUUCGCCGCCACCUACUUCAUCUGUAUGAGGACGGCCUUGAUCAGGAUAAACCCGCAAGUAGUCGCAAUGAUAGUGAUUCGCUCCAUGGAGAACCUGGGACACCCGAAUCGAUGGAUACCCCACUCAAAGUACUGGUGUUCAUUGUGCACGGUCUUGGAUCGUGGAUUGUGAAGGAUGUUCUUGCCUCACGAAGUAGCCGCAAUAUUGGUUUCAUGCCUUUGGGUAUCAUCCAUCUUGACUGCCCCAAACGCACUUUGGAUACGGCGAGCAAGCCCGAUUCGGAUUAUUUACGUCGAUUCUUUGCGACAUUCAAUCCGUCCCAUAAUUUGGAAAACGAUCGCGACAAAGAAAAGCUGAGGAGGCUUCAGAACUCGUUGGGGCAUGCUAAUUCUAGGUUCCAAAGACAUGGAGUUCACUAUCGCGAUCAACGCCGGAAACGCAAUUUUCCGCUGGAGAAGCGAGAGAUCUAUCAGGAGAAAAGAUUACUGUGGAUUUCUGAUGCCCAAUCCGUGCCGAGGGCUAUCGCUAGUGGAUGGGGCCAAUGGAUAUGGUCCUUUUGGUACAGCGAGACUGUGACACUGCUGAUGAAAGAACUUCCCGAGCUUCCAGAUCUGGUUGGUGCUGCGUUCACGCACGCAACAAGUCGAGAUGCGUAUGAAGAGUCUGUAGACUCCAGUGACGACGGGGGCAGUGUAGCAGUCGCAGGAUAUGAGAACAAUAUCCCCCCAGGCCACCGCGUUCAAUCUUGGAAUACUGACCAGGACGAAGUUGACCACGACAAUAAUGAAUCACCCACUGUUAUAUUUUCUACGUUCACCGCACCAGACCUCGGCGUCAGCGAAGAUAACGAACUGAAGAACCUCAUCCAUUUGGCAAAUUCAUUUUUCCAACGCUGUGACUUGGGGAAUGCAGAAAGACUCUACGUUUCGUGUAAAGAAAAAUUGCCGAAUCCAGAUCAACCCACCAUCAAACACGUCCAGAUCCAUAUGCGUAUCAUGGCAGUCAGGAUGUAUCUCGGGAAGUACAACGAAGCAGCAGACGACUUGAAGAAUAUCAAGGAAUCGAUCAAUAUCUCGGCAAUUGACGACGACACUCAAGGGAAAAUGCGAAAAGAAUUGCAUCGAGACCGGCGACGGUGGCAUGCAAAGUUGUUGAUGCGGAACGGAAACUGGUCACAAGCCGCGCGCAAGUACGAAAGAUUACUCAAAGAGGACCCCCAAGAUGAAAAUGGCAGAACACAAAGAGAUUUGGCCCUGAUCUAUGCUGAUCUCGGAUAUUACGAUCAAGCAUACGCUACUAUUCAGUUGGCCGAGAAGACCACUGCUGUGAAGCAUGUCUUGACGUCCGAUAUUGAUGUCGCAAAAGACACCGAUGCAAAUAUAACCACAGACUUGGAACUACACACCCAAGACAGAGUAGCAGCAUCCCACAGCAGUGAUGCUACAACAAAGAUCAAGUCCAUGGCUGAAGUCGGCAUUCAAUCAGCGAUUGCCGAGAUACAUAUGCUAUCUGGAAGCUACGUCGAGGCACUUGAAACAUCAACCAACGCCUACCACAAGUUAACGAGCAUGAUUGGCAAGGAGCAUUUGAAGUCGCUAUACCUGGCGAAUAUCAAAGCUUGGUGUUUAGCACUUAACAUGGAAUACACUGCCGCAGAAGCACUCUGCUUGUCGACCCUGGAAAUCAUAACACGAACGCUGGGCCGAAAGCAUCCACUUUGCUUGGAGGCGACGCGUCUAUUGGUAUACGUCUUCCGGUCUCAGUCCCGGUUUGCGGAGGCAAUCGGCACGGCAAAGUCCUUGUACAGCCUCGCCGGCAGGCAAUUGGGCGAAACACAUCCUUUGACUAUUCGCUCCAAAUAUCAACUGGCCGCUGCAUACCUCGCCAAUGGCGAUUACUCAGAGGCCUUGACUACUCUGAAGGAGUUGAUCAAACACGCCAAGAACCCAAAUUCCUUGGGUUACUUCCACCCCGAAUCCCUCAAAUUCCGAUCCGCGUUGGCACAUGCCCUUCUUUGUUGUGGUCGGUUGUAUGAUGCGAGAAGAUUGGCGCUCGAAACGCUCAUUCAUCAAAUCCACGUUUAUAAGCAUCAGAAUGUCAUUUCUGGCGGAGUUGACGACCUUCGUGGCCUCAUCGUUUGCGACAAGGAGUCUUGUAAGCCGGACAACUACUACCAAUUUGUCUUGAAAAGGCUGCACCACGACACCAAUCCAGACAAGCUAUCUUUCUGCAUGCACUCCUACUGGGUCUCAACGUUGGAAACGAUUGCAAGGAUCGAGUGCAAGUCACAUCGGGAUGGUGCCUCGGACAGCGAACUACUGGCCGUGGAAUCGUUGCUCAGGAUCAUCGAUGGUCUCCUGCCGGAUACUGAAUCAAUCCAAUUUGCGUUUGCUCAAGUUCUUCAAGAGCCGACAUCUGCAGAUGAAGACAACAGACUUGACGAAGCUAUCACGUUACUCGAGAAAGUCGAGAGUCGCAGGAAGAAAACUCUCGGCAAGAAUCACCUGGAUACGCUCUGCGCGAAUCGCGAAAUGAUGAUAGCCCGUUGCAUGCGCUCGGUCUCGGGAAUGAGUCGCGAUGAAGCGCCUGAUAAUUUGAUGAGCGUUAUUCAAAGUCGGUCGUUGGAAAUCGUGGACUCUCUCGAGGCUACUCUGGGCGUGUAUCAUCCCGAAAGUCUUCGAUCCAGAAUAUGGUAUAUUACGGUCCAGUUGCUCAACUCUGGAAACGAUUGUACAGAAGUCAAGGAUUCAGACCAAGACAUCCAUGAUGUCCUACGAGAGGUAGUGGCAAGGCUACGCACAUCAUUCGUGCGCAAAGAGAGACUGAUUGAGUCUCUUGAAAUGGAGAAAACUGUUGCUGGUCUAUUGUUGGGCUCGGGAUGUCCGGGAGAAGAGUUGUGUGAUAUUUUGCGAGGCACCCUCAAAGCAAUCAGGCACGCAACCACAGACUUGGAAAUUAUGGAUGUCCAGCCGAAGCUUGAAGAGCUUGAAAACGAUAUAGAAGGUAUGCUGAAAAAGGCAGAACAGACGACAACAUGA